AUGGCUGAAAAGCGAAAACUGUUAGCAGAAAUCGAAAAAUGUUUCAAAAAGGUACAGCACUUUCAGUGUCCAUCAGAAUCAGUUCAAUUUCGUAAUUUCAGAUCGACGAGGGUGUCGAGUUGUUCGAAGAAACGAUGGAAAAGAUGCACGAGGCAAACAGUGACAAUCAGCGAGACAAAUAUCAGGAUGACCUAAAAAAGGAAAUCAAAAAACUGCAGAGGCUUCGAGAUCAGGUCAAAAAUUGGCAGAAUGCCAGUGAAAUCAAGGUUUUGACAAUGAGAAUAAAGAUUUUGAAACGGAAAUAUCCGGGGUUCAGGAUAAGGAAAAGCUGAACGCGUACCGCAAGACGAUUGAGCAGCGAAUGGAGCAGUUCAAGGACGUCGAACGGGAAAACAAAACAAAGCCGCACAGCAAAUUGGUAAGAAAAGGCGAUUCUGGCGCAUGGUGACGGAAAUUAACAUGAAAAUAGAAAAGUAGAGCGAGAAAAAACCACAAGGGAACGGACAAAUCUAUUGAAUUUGUGUUGAAAGCCCACAGGAAAAAAGAAAUAACAUUUUCAACUUCCGACGAGCAAAAGUGCAGGAAAUGAAAGAAAACUAACCAUUUUUCUGACGGAAAAAUCAUAUUUUGACUUGUGAGCCUCACAAAUUCGAUACGAAAUCAAUGAAACGUCGGAAAACGCCCACUCCUUUUGCCGCGCCAAUAGCGUGUGAAACGACGAUGAUUCCACAUCAUUCGACAAUAUUUAGAUAGGGGAGUGGGUGAUGGGAAUAUUAAAAUCAUGACACAAAUAAAGUGACAUUUUUAGGGUCUGUCGGCCGAAGAAAAGCUGGACCCAAAGGAGAAAGAGAAAUCGGACACGAUGGAUUGGAUCCAACAUCAAUUGAGAUCUCUGAACGAGGAAGUCGAUCGGACCGAAAUGCAACUGGAAUCCCUUGCCACCACGGACAUUGGAAAGGGAAAGCGUGGCAAAAAAGAGGACGCGCGGGCGAAAAACGAACGGGAAAAGCGCGUGGAAGCACUGAAACACCACCUCGAACGGAUAAACUUCCAUAUUGAGAAGUUGGAGGUGGAAAAAAGACAAAAAUAAUGUUGAAAUCGGCGGGUUUUUGUAGAUUUGCAUGCGAAUGGUGAGCAACGAGAGUAUAAGUGCGAAAAAAGUGCACGACACGCUGAAAGAAUCGAUAGAAGCGUACGUGGAAAUGAUGGCGGAAAACCAGGGCGACCUGGGCGACGAUUACGAUCCGGAGGACGCCUACGACGAGCUGAACCUCGACAAACUGUGCCAGCAAAUCGGCGGAAUCAAUAUGCUCUCGGUGGACGAGGACCAUCGGGAAAACGGCCACGAGCUGGGCAUCGACACGGACACGGGCGCCGUUUCUGGCUCACGGCACGGAUCCGCCGAGAACGGACAGCCUCCGAGCCCGGCAGGAAGACGCGUCGGCGCACCGCUCAGCAUGCCUUCGCCGCAUUCUGUGGCCGCCGCGGUCACGUCGACGCCCGAACUGAAACGGUUGACGAGCAAGUGAGCAAAAGGGCGAAAGAGCCGGCAAAACAAUGUUGUAGUUCUUUCAGAGAUUCAUCCGUCGAUCGACCGAGGACGCCGCCCGUGACGCCUGGUAAGCAGGGAAAAUGGUUAAAUGAAAUGAAAGAGGGGGAGGGAAGGUCUCGCCACGAAAGUACACUUUUCGAUGAAUUGUUACUCUUUUUGGUACAAUGUCUACGAAGACGGAAAUUUUCAGCGUCGGCUCCCCCACCGCCAGGCAUACCGUACAACUCCGUCGCCGCCGGACGAUCCACGACCACUCCGAUCCCUUCGACGCCCGUUUCGACCAUCAACUCGCCGGCCGCCAUUUCGUUUGCCACUUCGGCCGCUCCGUCUCCGAUCACGAUUAAUAAGACAUCGUCGGCUUCUUCGUAAGCAUCCAUUUAGGCUUAAAAUGAUAAGAUUGAUACUUUCAGCACUACGGGAAGCACGUCGAAUAAUGAAAUUCGUAAUAAUGAGGUAAGAAUGUACAGAGUAGAAAUUAGAGAAAAUAGAGUUAGAAGUGAGAGGAAGGUCUGUAAUAAAAUGAGGAUAAACUUAGAAGCAGGAGGAUGAAAAGAGCAGAGGGUCGGAAGGUUCGAAAUCCUCGCGAGUGUCUUCUGAAUCGUGCCCGACGGCUCCAGAGGAGAAAGCAUCGGAGAAGUCAUCACUUUCUUCCGAACUGUCGUCCUCCAUUGAGGAGAAAGAGCAGGAGGAGGUGACCGAUUGAGUGCUUGUGAUUGUUGUUGUGAGCUUCCGGCAUGGUUAGAGCAGCAGUACGUGUGCGUGCAUAUAAUACUAGUAGAAUGGUUUUCCUUUUAGAAUAGAAUAUUUUUGUAAAGCAAAAAUUUUCAUUGGAAUCGGCAGAUUGAAAAGAAGGAAAACUGUAAUGUUCUAUCAGCCGUGGAGAGUCUUUUCGUAUUUCCAAUCAAAAAAGCGUUUUUUAUUGAGAAAAUUUAGUUUGGCAAAUCAGUCCGAGUGUGACUAGAGAUGCACCGGACAAACUGAUCUCAUCCUCAUACGAAUGCACCGCCGAUCAGAGUGCAUAAUUUAUGCAAUAGUUGAGAGAUUGAAGGGCAAUGAACGGACACAGAAAGCUGGCGGUGCGUAGCAACUGCGAGAAGAGAUGCCCGAAAUGGGAGGGAUGGCUCGCUUCAUUCGGUCGUCAGAGCCAGAUUUAUGACGGUGAAAACUGCGAAGAGCUCUGCCGGCGGAAAGCAAGCGUUGUAUAGUAAAGGAGGGGUGAAGGGAAGCAGAUUCGAAAUUAUGUUUUUAAUGUAAAACGACACAAAUCUAGACGAUUGCCACAGAAUUUUGAGAACCGCGCUCUACCGGCAAUCGGCACUAAAUCACCGUAGAGUGCAACUCUUCUGCGGCCAACAGUAGCUUGCUUUUGCUUUCACAGACUUGCACCCCCAUAGUUCCUUUAGUAAAAGAGUGAUGACUCAUAACUUUUGUACUUUCUCAUGUGUCAGAGCGGACAAAGCUGCGCUUGGAACGCUCUGACACGAAAGUAUAAAAGUUGAGAGCCCGUCCGUCUUCUGCUCGACACGUUCUCUCCAACCGCCUCUUUUUGCAGAUUCCCCAGACGCUGGUGAAGAAAGAGAGUGUGACGGCGGUCGCUACGACGCCUUCUCGGGGUUCCACGACAACGACGACGACGGUAGCCGAGCCGCUCGAACCGCCCAUCCAGCUACCACCCGUCCAGCAGACUCAAACAACUACGACGGCUCAGACAACGAUAACAACGACGACGACGGUUCAGACAACGGACAACAAUUUGAAUGGUAAGAAAGGAACCGGUGCGAGCAUUGUGUACGAGCGUCGCAAGUUGGACACAGUGACCUAUGGAAUGGACGGUCCGGUCCGCGCUUCUCUCUCUCCCGCGAUGACUCAUGUGCAUACAGUUUUUGUACAGCGCAAGGACAAAAAAAAGAGAGCAAAUGGAAUUGGAUACAAUUUGCAGAUGGAGAAGAAAAGAUGGGCGGGCGGUCUUUUGAUUAGGUGCACUUUCGUAUUGAGGAAGAAAGCGCCGAGUCUGAGCUGCCAUUUUGGCUGGUUUCCGACGGCCAGAAGGAAAAGGGCCUCGAAAAUGAAGUGUCUUCUCAUUUGAUCUACUCAAUCUUGGACUCGACACGUUUUGACCUACCCUUAUGGAUUUGUCAUCAUAUUUGGCGCUAUUUUAAAAUUUAUCGUCGAUCUGCUCGCACUCGCAAACCCCUUCUCCGCUCGUGCCGUUCGGCUGCUCUUUUAGACUUUUCUUCCGUUCCCCUCGCUCUGUCUCUCUGUUUUCGCCCACCUUUAUUCUCGGCGCCAACGCGGCAACCACAGCGACCAGCAUGCGAGCAGCGAAUGGACCAGGAGAGAGAGAGAGAGAAAGGGAAAGGGCAAGUAUCUUUUGGAGCGGCGACGCCGGUGUCUUGCUCUCAAUGGCCCUCUCCCAUAUUUGUCCGUUCGGCGCCGCCCAUUCUGUGUCUGGCCUCCUUACCAUCCGGUCCAACUCUUUUUGAGCCUAUCUCCUUCUAAGAAGGGCCUUCUCCGGUCGUAAAAUGAGCGCUCUGUUUGCCGCGAACCCUGUCUGAGAUGCAGCUGUCGCCAGGCAUAAUGAUGUGGUUCAACCGAUGUCAGGUGCAAUGCCCAGCUUGACAUUUAAAGGAGAGCUCUUGACGAAAUUAGAAAAAUUUUAGUCCUACUGCCCUAGAUUUGAGAAGCACUGAUCUCUCGGAGUGCACAAUAGUCGGUCUCGUUCGCGAUCCAGUUCCUCAUUCAUCCGGCGCCUUUGUCAUAGUCACAUGUUUUGUUGUCGUCACACCCCAAACACAGAUCAGAGAACAGCAGUGUCGAGGAAAACGAGACGAGUUCAUCACUUUCCCUCUUGACCCUGUUCUCCUCUUUCCCAUCUUCAUCCUAUUUUUCUCGUCGCCUCCCGCCGGAUACCUCCGUGUCUUCAUCUCGAAACGAUCUCUCCUUUUCCGUCUUCUCCGCCCACGCACACCGCUCUUUUUUCAUUCAUUCAUAGCCUAUUCUGCGGUCCCGAAAUGGGGCUUCUCGUGACGUCAUCAACGGAGCCCUUGCGCCCUAACACAUCUGUUAGUAAUCGGAGCACCAUAAUGAAGAGAAAAGAGAGGAAAAGGAGAAAUUUCGCAGUUGGCCUCAUCUCGUCCCGGCUGCCUUUGCAACUGAUUUCUUUUUUUCGCGUUCGCUUCUCUGUACUGGCCUGUGCUCGGAGAGCAUUUGCAGCAAGAGAAGCAUUCCUCAAGAGAUUGCAUCACUUCCCGCUUUUCCGUCACCGCCGAGCACUCGAUGUGCUCUUUGCCCUCAAUUUAGUCGAAGAGCCCCUGUUCCAGUUCAUUUGGGCUCCGGAGCUCAGAGCUCUAGACUGCUCGCCGAUUGUAGCCAGACAGAGACAGUCUUUAUCAUUUUCUGAACUAUCGAUCACUCUGCCCCUCACAUGUUUUAUGCGUCUCUUCCCAAUCGUCCGUUCGCCCGCACUUUGUUUGAUUUUUUCUCGUCGUUCUCUCCGUGCCUGGGUCUCGCCACGAACAGUGCUUUCGGCGAGCGUCAGCCGCGUGGCGCCGCGUCUAGUUUGUGUGGCUGCUGAUGCUGCUGCUUUUGUACGCAGUGACUAUACACUGAUGUUUUCGUCUGCCUGUUUUCAGCCCCUGCCCCUCUCUUUUCUCCUUUGCUUCUCUCUUCGAAAUCGUCUUUAGAAACCUCCCAGCCACUAAUUACGUGAGGAUUUUGCUGUUUAGGAAAAUGACGGCGACAGAAAGAUUUAUGGGCGGCCUUGAGGCUUUUUCUGAAAGGCGUAAAAAAGAUAAUCGGUGCGCUUAGGGGUGGCGCCUGAAGAAAGAACAGCUGUCCUGCCCGCCGCUCCCCCGAAUCGCUUGCCUAGUUUUUGUUCGCUCGUAGAAGGGCAGAUGGCUUCUGCUCCUUUUUGGUCCUUUACUCAUCGGAUAUUCAAAGCAGCCGCGCCGCCUCAUUCGCCUCUUCCUUCUUUUCCGACGUCUUCUGCAUUUCUCAUUUUCAUUUUGCUGCCCACAACAUCAUUGUGUCCUUUUUUGUUGCCAGAAGAAGUUAAUUGAAGAGGCAGCGUGAUCUAAUGAAAACGGGGGCGAAUGUUUGCGGGCUAAAAAGUUGAAAAGUUUGGCCGCCCGUAUCAUUAUACUUUUCCAAAUGGUUAACUCCCUUUCUUAUCAGUAUUUUCAGGGGAGGCGACGACUGUCAGUGGUGCUCGCUCGACUCCUCAGGCAAUGCUCGGCGGCAUUCCAUCCGACGAUCCGGCCAUCCAGGCGGCCCUCCAUGGCCUGGCCUCACAGCCGCAACAGACUUCGACGGCUCCGAAACGAGCGCACAUUCCGGCGUGGCUGGGCGCUUCGCCGCUCGGAAGGACAUCGAUGAAUCAGGAGUUUGACGGGCAGCUGGCGGCGCUCGAGUUGGCUUGCGCAAAGACGACGUUCCCGUUGGACAGCGAAAAGCCGCGCAACUACCUCUCGAAGGUGCCGUUCCCGGUGCCCAGUUGGUACGGACAGGUGAGCAGAAAGAUUCGGAAGAUUUAAUUUUGAAUACAUUUGUUUUAGAUGGCUCCGAACACAUCGGACAGUCUGGAGUACUACCUGCGUCUGGCGCCGGAUACGCUCUUCUUCAUCUUCUAUUACAUGGAAGGCACUCGGGCUCAAUUGCUGGCCGCGAAGGCACUCAAGAAGCUGUCGUGGCGCUUCCACACCAAGUAUUUGACGUGGUUCCAACGACACGAGGAGCCGAAGCAGAUAACUGACGACUAUGAACAGGUGAGCACAUUGACAGGCUGGAAGUGAGCAUGUGUGCGUUUUUCAGGGAACAUACGUGUAUUUCGAUUUCGAGAAAUGGUCUCAACGCAAGAAGGAAUCGUUCACCUUCGAGUACAAGUUCCUCGAGGACAAAGAGUUCGACUAG